AUAUAAUAAUUUUUUGAUGGUCAAAACUUUCAUUAAGGUCAAUCAAAGGUAGCAUCCAUAGCCAUAACAUCAGCAAUGUAACUUUGGAGUACAAUUUGUUAUGGAUAGUUUCAUAAGUAUCAUUAGGAAAGAUAGCAAGCAUAUGAGCUAUGCGAUUAGAGUCUCUUGUAAGUGAAAGAUGGAGUAUAGUAACAAAAGAAUCAUGUUGACAAUUCUAAUGAAUUCAUACACAUUGAUUACAUUCUCAUAUGCAUAUGUAGAUCAAAUAUUUUCAUUUGGCAUCCUAUCAUAAUCGUCUAGAUACAUAAUGAAUUUAAUAACUGUCAACUCAACAUCUGAUAUAUGUGAUUGUGCAUGUCGCAUCAACUAAAAACUUAUGUAUAAUAAUCUCAGUGUACACAAACAAUAUAUUGUGUAUGAAAAAAAAAAUUCUAAACAAUACAAUUACAACAACAAUCCACACAAACGUCACAAUUUCCAAAUCCUCCAUAUUUUUCUUUAUCUGAAGAGCUCAUUGGCAGAAAAAGCUGUAAUUUUUAUAUAUUAAUAAUAAUGCUAAAAAGGGAGAGACAUUUAUUAAAAAAAAAAAGGGGGGGAUCAAAUAGAAAAUCUUUAAAAACGGGGAAGGGAACAAAUCAACAAACAAACAAAGCAUCUGAACAUGAAAGUGGAAGCCGAGGAGAGGGACUGAGGGAGACCUCUCUUCUUGCAGUUGGAGCUGGCUCUUCUUUCCUUUCCUUUCCAUCUCUUUCUCUUUGUCUUUCCUUUUCCGAGUUAAUUGUUUCCCUCUUCCCGCAUCUCUUGCCUCAUCUCUCUCCAGUUAUUUUUCACUCUCUCUUCCCCUUGUUUUCAGUGUGUAGGUGGUUUUCUAGCUUGAUUUUCUCUUCCCAUUUCCCUCUUUGUGCCUCGUUAAUUCUUCACCUGGAUUUUCUACCCUCAAAAGAGUUCCACCUGAGCACUGACUCCUGUGUGGUCUUGGAUCAUGUCUGCUGCAUCAAUGUGAAGCCUUCUUUCUGGGAUCGCACAACCAUACAAUAAAUUUCUUUCUCACAGGUUAGUAUCUUUGUAUAAUUUCCUUGUAAAUAGUAAUGGGUCAAGUACGUUUUGCGGUGUGUGUUUUGGAUUGGAUUAUUCAUGUUAAUUAGAUGAUAAAGCAAUGUCCUUUAUCUCUUCCUGGUUUCCAUUUUUCUUAUCGCCCCUUGUUUCGGAGCAGGUGUUAGGUGGGACAUUAGAUUUGUGUUGUGAGAGCUCUGUAGUUACUGCAUGGAGAAUGCUAAAACCCCUGAUAAAACCCUAGAGGCCGAGAACCCAGAUGGGAAAACCCUGAAAGCUGGAAACUUUAAGACCAUGGAGUUGUUGGGCCAAGCUACUGGCUCUUGUCCUGAGAAAUGCGGUGCUGUGGAGUCUCAGUCUGAGGCGCUGCCAGAAGGAAAUGGUGAAAAAUUGAUUGUAGGAAAUGGUGUCUGUGAAGGAGAGGAAUUUGAAAGUGGUGAUCUGACCUCCGUGGUUGUUCCCCAAGUGGUUAAUGGUGGUCAUGCUCUUGAAGUUGAAAAGGUCUCAUCUUUAAGAGAUUGCGCUGAUGGGGAAUUUGAGAGUGAGGAGCAUUUGAGGGAUAGAGUUUUGCAGAAGGAGGAUGAUUCUCUGGCCAUUGAUGGAGUGGAUACAGGUAGCAAUGUGAAUGUUUCAGGCAAUAACAUAUCACUGUAUGUGGAGCUUCCUGUCCCUCUUGAUCAAACUGGUUACCCCAAAGAUAUGAAUUGUGUUGGUUCGACCAAGGAUUUGGCAAAGAAAGAGUGUGAAGAAGAGCCAAUUGAGCGGUUCUGUGUAGGGGAUGUAGUGUGGGUUAGAACGAAAAACCAGUCUUGGAGGCCAGGAAAGAUUUGUGGCGACUCUAAUGCAACGAUUUGUUCUAAAGAAGGUCAGCGGAUCAACUGCCAUGUAGUUCAGUAUUUUGGGGCUAGCCAUGUCACUUGGUGCCCACCAUCUGACCUAAGGCAUUUCCAUGACAAUUUUGAUAAAAUGGUAGAGGGAAACAAGGGUAGAAACUUAACUGGAGCAGUAGAGAAAGCCAUGGAUGAGUAUGUGAAAUGUUUGAAGUCGGAGAUCAACAGUUCUUGCAUGGUCAAGCAAGAAGAUGGUGGUAGCGGCAAGGAAUGCAAGCAUUUACAAGAGUUCAGAUUUAGUGAAUCAGUGACAAAGUUUGAGCCAAUGAUAUUUCUUUCUCGGGUCAAACAACUUGCAGUGGCUGUUAGCAAACCUUCUAUGCUUGAGUUGGCACUUGCUAAAAUUCGGGUGGAAGCCUUCUCUUGUUUCAGAGGACACUUGCAGGUACACCUUGAUGAACUGUGGGAGCAGAGUCCAAAGAAGAGAAAUGGUGGCAAGACUGGGUCAAUUACAACAAAAGUCAAUGGGAAUGCUCUAGUUGGAGAUCAAAACUCAACUCAGAUUCAAGGGACAAGUGCUGGUCUUAAGGAAACUUUGGGACAAAGUGGCCAGGAAUCAAGAUCAAGGAAAAGAAAGCGUAACCAGUUCUUUGAAAUAAACUUCAGGAGGGAAGAUCUCGGUGAAGAUUUGCCGACCUCUCCUUCUACGAAGGAGGCUGGAAACUUGGGUUCUCCAUCAACAGCGGAUAAUCAGAGUUCUGACAUGAGAGAAAGGAAGAGGAGCAAGUAUUUAUCAUAUCCGUAUGUCAACCUGGAACAUAAAAACAAUAGGCCAGAUGAAAAGGAAAAACCCAAGGUUCCAGAAAUGGAAGUUAUGAGAGGUGUUUCAAGUGAGGAUGUUGUUGGGCUAAGUGGAGCUUCUUCUAUAUCUUCUAGCAAAAGAUUCCAAAAGCAGUGGUUCGAGAAUUUCAUCAAAGACACAAGUAUAUCAAGCAAGCCAGAGUUUCUGGGUGCAUCGGUCUCCAAUUUGUUGUCUGAGCUAUCUUGUGCUUCUGUAGAUUGUUUGUAUCAAAGCAAGAGCAAGAACUUUGCCAUAGUAGAGUGGUUCUUUUCUAGGUUCAGAAUAUCAGCGUUUCAUGACGAGUCCAUUUAUGAGAUGCAUUGCAAGAACACCACUGGGGAUAAUGCUGCUGAGAUUCAGACACCCCCUGGAAAGGUUGCUGAAGAGACAAGUCAGACUUUGCCACCUAAGCAGGCGUGGAAGAAGAUGAAUGAAUCUGAAAAUUCAGCUAUUACUAAUGUCGAAGUUGCUACAAAUGGCAUGGCAGCAGAUACUAACUGUUGCGUAGUCAUUCUUCCCUCAUCAGAUAAAGGGCUUGUACACAAUAAUGGAAGUGAGGAGCAAGGAACAUUUAUGUUAAGGCAGGAGAUUGACCAAAUCUCCAACAUACCUGACCUAAACAGCAAUGGUGGUGUUGUACCGAAUUUGUUGUCUUUAAGUCCACAGGCUGUGACAAAGAUACAGGAGAAAGCAACAUUGCCAGUUGUGAAUGGAAAUGUUUCAGAAGCUGGAACAUUGUCAGAAUGUUUGCAGGGUAGAGGCCCGUUUUCUCCAAGUCACCUUCCUGGAGAAGGUAAGGUGACAUGUUCCCCUACUAGCAUUUCGGACACAAACGGUAAGUUAAUAAGUUUUGGGUCAUCCACGUGGGAUCCGCCGCUCACCAGCUGUGAUACUGUCAAAGUAGAAGGUAAGCUUGUUCCUAAGAAAAGAAAGAGGGAGGAGACCCCAGUUUCAGAACAGGUUAUUUCUGCUGCUGCUGGAAUUUCUGAUUUAAAUGGGGGACUUAAUGCUGAAAAUGGGACAUCCGCAAAUCUUGGGGUGAAGAGGGGAAGAGGAAGAGGAAGAGGAAGAGGAGGUAAUCCAGGGAGACCAACAAAGAAAUAUGCCCCCAGCGUACCAUUUGAAAAAUACAGCAGGAAAUGGUUUCAUGGAGAACCUCCAAAAGAGCCAGAAUCACGGCCUUUGCAUAACCCUGGUGCUCCGCCACAAGUCUUCUUCCCAAAGGCUGCUGAUGGUGAUAAGUCAUUCAGGAGCAGCCUAGAGAAGGGUAAUAAUCCUUUUGGCGGAGCCCCUGUGAGUUCCCAGCUUCUUCCUAUUGCAGUUUCCCCAACAUCUCAUUCCAAGGGAGAGUUGAACACCACGGGAAUGCCAGCAGCCCCUAAAGCUGCAGUUGCACCUCCCAUCGACGUCAUAAGGCAAAAUCUGGCGAUGAUGACAUCAAUGCUGCAGAAAUCGGGAGAUGGUCUUUCACCUGAGAUGAGGAGCAAGUUGGAGAAUGAGAUAAACUCUCUUAUGAAGAAAGUCAGCUCCAUGCCCAAAUCUUCCUCCACCUCCUCUUAAACGAGAAUGAUGUAGAAAUGCAGAUCCAACCAAUUCUGUAUGUAACCUCGUUUAGGCUGUUCAUUAGGUAGCCGUAGGAACAAUAAGCUCUCUCUAGGCAGUUUUCAGUAUGUAAUGUGGAUUGAGAGGAAGCUGGCUUAGUUUUACUCUAUGCUCUGUUGUUUUCUCCUCGCUAAGAGGAUGGUUUAGAGCAAUGAACAAGUGAUAAGCAU